AUGCUCCUGGAACUCGACCUAAACGAUUAUCUGAAAAUCGAGCUCGAUCGUGUCUUGGAAGAAGAUGAGCUGAAGAGCAACAACAAAAAGCACACUGAACUUUUGGUCCAGCUUAUCGAUAAAAAAGCCGCCAAAGCAGCAGCAUUGGCGAGAAAAGUGCUCAGAUGGCCCAUCGGACAGACACUUCCAACAGAUAUCACCUAUGAUGACGUUGAAGAGCAUUUGCUCGUCGUUGGACCCACUUCUGAGGCUCUUCUUCCUUUUCCGUCGAAAAAUCGCAUUCAAGGCGUCACAAUUGUGUUUUUUGGGUCUAGAACAGUCAAUCCAGUGGACACAUUUGAUAUCAAAUCAGUGAUCAAAUCGAUUCAAAAUGUCAUUGAAAAUCCACAAAAAGAGAAACGAUGGAAACAAUUGACUCAGAAUUUGGGAGAAUGUUCGAAUGGAGAGGCCAGUGGAGCACUAUCAGCAAUUGAGCAGACACAACUCAUGGAAGCCAUUCGAAAGUAUUCGGAUGACGUGGACUCGGAUGCGGAGACGCUGAAUUCGAUGCUGGAAGCAGUCGUCAACGCUCGCAUUUUGUCGUUCAGAAAUGAGGAUGCAUUUUUGAGAUUAUGUGUGGAGAAGGAGAAGAAUCAUGUCGUUGAAGUUGUGUUGAAUGAUUCGGCUAGAGUGGUUUCAGAGCACAUUUUGGCAGAAUUGUUGAAGUUAACAGCUGAAAAACCAGAAGACCAACGACGAGACCAAGUGAUUCAAGUUCUCUCUCGAAACUUCUCGAAAAAACCAAUGACAGAGGCCACUGCCGAGGUUCUUACUGUAUCUGAAGCCAUCGAAAUCAUGACAGCACUGACACAAAUCUAUAAGGAGAUGAGAGAAGAUGAUAUUUGCGGGAAGGCGUUGUCACUGAUUACGGUACUCAUGGAUGCGCAUGGGUCUCGCAUUGUUUAUGAGGAUUCGUUGCAUCAGAAGUUUGCCACCGUCAGCAAUUUUUUCAUUGAAAUGCAAUCCCUCGUCGGCACAUUCUCCCGUCUAGAAGCGGCGAUUGAAGAGACAUCCGACGCAUUCACCGCCAGCAACGUCGUCACUCGUAUCCAUCCAGUUGCUCAUCUAUUGAAUUGGUAG